AUGAGGAAAGAUAAAGUAAUAGAAAAAGAGCUUGGAACAACUAGCAAUACUCAGCGUGCGUUAAUGCAGGAUGAACAAGACCGAGGAGAAGCAGAGCUGCACGCAAGUAAUACAUGUAUUUUUUGUGUUCAGCGGACAGCAUGCAACAGGUCAUUCUUGCACCGUCUGCAGAAUGGUGCAUUUUGGGCAUUUAAGUCUUUGUUUAAGACUGUACUUACCUCUGUGAUUAUGUGA